AUGGCUCUUGUUCCGUACGUGGAGAAUUCUUUACCAAUUCUUUCUAAAUUCCACAACGCAUCGGCCAACUUUAGAUUCUGUAAUCACGACAUAAACAUAGCACAAGAUUGGAAGAAGCUUGGAGUGGCUGCAGUUGUAUGGGAUGCUGCUGUUGUGUUGAGCAUGUAUCUAGAACUUGGAAGUGUGGAGUUAAAAGGGAAAUCUGUCCUGGAGCUGGGAGCUGGGACUGGUCUGGUGGGAAUUGUGGCAGCAUUAUUAGGGGCCAAUGUGACCAUCACGGACAGAGAGCCUGCCUUGGACUCCCUCUCCACUAAUGUCAAGACCAACUUACCUGCAGACAUGCUGGGGUCUGCCUCUGUGUCGGAACUGACGUGGGGGGAGGAUCUGCAGCGUUACCCGGCUGGGGGCUUCCAUUUGAUUUUAGGGGCGGACAUCGUGUACUUGGAGAACACUUUUGCGGCGUUACUUGAAACUUUGAAGUACUUGUGUUCGGAUACAACGAUCGUCCUGCUGUCCUGCAAAAUCCGCUAUGAACGUGACAGCGCCUUUUUGGACAUGCUAAAGCAGAGUUUUGCCGUCGAGGAAGUUUAUUAUGACCCAGAGAAAGACAUUCACAUUUUUAAAGCAUCAAAACUGCCUCAAAAUACCGAAUUGUGA